AUGACAGCUUUUGAGCAAGCGGGGUCGCUAUUCACCGGUUGGAUACGGUCUUGCUGGUCAUGUUUGCUACCAGGAGAGAAGGGUCAGGAUGCCUUGCGAAGUGAGGACCAUGGUAUCAAGCGGGAGAUGGAAGUAUGCCAUACUCAACCGCAUCUUGUCCCUCCUAUGAAGCUGAAGGUGUACGAUGAUCUCCCCAAUCCGAGGAUGAAUCACACCCGGAACUCGCAUUCCUUGUCUUCGUGGCUAGAGGAAGGCCGGAACCUGGCUUCGAGGGCAUCUUACCGGGCAAGUCUCACUACGUCUCGAAGGAGACAGCCCACUACAUCGUUGAAAAUCAGUGGCCCUUCAGACUUUCGCAGAGUAGAGUCUUUCCAUGACUCUGUUGCAGUCGAUAGCAGAUACAAACCUCUUGAUCUCAGCAUCCAUCGGUCGGGUAACCGAUUGUCAGACCUACCCUCCUUUGAGUCUUUCCAGAUAGACGAAGACUCUCAUUCCCCGAUUCUGACAGUGCCACCCCGGGCUCUCUCGCAUCAAAGUAUUCGUCAUCGACGAUGCGUGUCAACCGCUUCCGGUUUCACUGUAUCCCGAAAGCCCGUUGGCUCAGGGGAUCGUCGUUCUCUCGGAAGCAUGCAUCUCACGAUCGAAUCCGAAGCCCAGAAGCCGGUUCACAUUGCGAGCCCUCUGGUGCCCCAUUUCUCUAUCGUCACCCCUGUCAAAGUAAAGGCAAAUGAUAUUCUUCUUCCAAAGGGACCUUUGCCAGCAUCUGCCCUACGACACAACAGGCCCGACUCGGGAGAAAGCAAACUCACACUGGAUACUGAUAUCUUAUCCGACAGCUCCAGUGGUGCCCAGACACCACGAGCAGUGCAAGACCUUCCCCAGACCCCAGUGAGAUGGAGAGAUACAGAGAACACAUCAAGCCAGCACUCACCGAACGAAUCCUCAUUCUCUUUCCUUCGAGACUCUCCCUCGACAUCUAGUUCAAGCACAUUCCCAUCCCGGCUGUCAUCAUUGCGCCGCCCCUCCUUCACACCAAGCGACUACCGCAAGACUGUCGCAUCCGUGCCCCUUCCAGACCGUGUUUCCCAAUGGUUCUCCCGGGAGAAAGACGUCCCGCCCAAUCCAAUCUCCCUCGAUGGUGAGAAUAAAUUCGAGUGGGAACGAACUCGUACGCUGAGUGGUACUACCGUUGCCUCAACCAUUACCACCAUUACUGGCGGAGCGAAGUCUCGUCCACCCAACUUUUCUAUCUCCAGCUCAUUCACGGGUAGCUCUACUCCGCGAGCAUCGCUGCAUCAACCGUCUAUAAGCAGAGACAAGGAGAUCGAGUCGGGUAUUUACCGUCCAACAAUCUAUGAAGGCCGGCCGCAACAUCCUGGCUUCGCUACCUCUCGCCAUGGUGAGCCGAUUGUAUUCCAGGAAGCCACUAUUGGUGUCGCCUUCUAA